ACGGCGUCGCCGCGUUCUCGCGUUAUUUCCGCCGAGACUACCGAUCUUGGGUUUAUGUUCGUGCCGGCUGUUUCAAGCAUCAAAACAAACUCGUGAGUCUUUCGCCGCGAUCACUUCGGAUACCAAUAUUAAAUAAUCAGCCGACGUAUUAAGCAACCAGCACGACAUGAGUCGCAGGAAAAGAGCGAAGGUGGAAUAUAGAGAAAUGGAAGAAAAGUAUAAUCAGAUAGAGGACGAGAAUGCCUCGGAUACGUCAGAGAAAUCUAAAACUGGUCUUGUAACACCUGAAAAGAAAACAUCCAUCGAAAUAAAAAAGGAAUCUGAAUCUGUUCCUUCUGUCUCAAAAUCGGAAAUCAAGGAAGAAGAUGAUCAAGAUAGUGAUCAUGAAGAUCCACAUGUAAAGGAAUUGUUAAAUGGUCUGGAAGGUGCAGCCUUUCAAAGUCGACUUCCAUUUGAUAAAAUGACAUCUACUGAAGCUGCUUGCUUUCCUGAUAUCUCUGGUGGACCACCGCAAACACAGAAAGUGUUCUUACAUAUUAGGAAUAGACUUCUGCAAAUUUGGCUGGAAAAUCCGAAACAACAAUUAAUCAUCGAAAAUGCACUACCGCAAAUUGAGUCACCUUAUAAUAGUGAUAACGUGCUUGCUCGUAGGAUUCAUACCUUUUUAGAACGGCAUGGUUUCAUAAACUUUGGAGUCUUUAAACGUCUUAAGCCUUUACCAAGUAAAAAAUUAGGUAAAGUCAUUGUAAUAGGGGCUGGUAUUGCUGGAUUGGCAGCAGCUCAGCAAAUGCAACAAUUCGGCUUAGAAGUAAUUGUGUUGGAAGCUAGAGAUCGUGUUGGUGGGCGAAUUGCCACGUUUCGUAAAUCAAAUUAUAUUGCAGAUUUAGGAGCUAUGGUGGUCACAGGUUUAGGUGGAAAUCCUGUAACAACUCUUAGCAAACAAAUUAAUAUGGAACUUCAUAAGAUACGACAAAAGUGUCCGUUAUAUGAAAGCGAUGGCCAAACGGUACCUAAAGAUAAAGAUGAAAUGGUUGAACGAGAGUUUAAUAGAUUACUAGAAGCGACCUCUUAUCUUUCGCAUCAAUUGGAUUUUAAUUACGUAAAUAGUGCAGGAUCUGGAGGACAAGGUAGUAAUGCGCGUCCAGUAUCCUUAGGUCAGGCAUUAGAAUGGGUAAUACGUUUACAAGAACAAGGUGUAAAGCAGCGUCAAGUAGCGCAUCUGCGUUCGGUACUCUCAUUGCAAGGACGCUUAAUCACCAAUCAACACAGAAUGAUCUCUAUUAUGGAUCGUUUGAUGGAAUUGAAUAAACAGUACAAGGAAAUGACAGAAAAUAAAUCACAAAGAGAUAUUACACAGGAAUUUGUGCUCCGAUCUAAGAUGCGUGAUCUCCAUAAUGCUUGCAAGGAGUGGGAUCAGUUAUCGGAUCAACAGAAAGAAAUUGAAGCAAAAUUACAAGAGUUAGAAGCAUCACCUCCCAGUGACGUUUAUCUAUCGUCCAAAGAUCGACAGAUCUUGGAUUGGCAUUUUGCAAACUUGGAAUUUGCCAACGCAACAUCUUUAUCGAACUUGAGUUUGAAGCACUGGGAUCAAGACGACGAUUUUGAGUUCACUGGAAGUCAUUUAACCGUACGAUCUAGGAAUGUUGCAUCCUCCACAGGCGUUUACUUCUCUGGGGAGUAUCAUAAAUAUUUUCGCAACGGUUAUUCUUGCGUACCUGUUGCUCUCUCGGAAGGACUUGAUAUUCGAUUGAAUACAGCCACCAGGGCGGUGCGAUACGGGCCAAAUGGCGUAGAAGUGUGGGCCACACCCUCCCGCAGUCCGCACACAAAUCACACCGUUUAUAAAGCGGACGCCGUUCUGGUUACGCUACCCCUCGGCGUGCUCAAGUCUUCCUCGCCGCCUUCCGGAGUCACUUUCAAUCCGCCGCUUCCGGACUGGAAGUCUCAAGCCAUUCAACGAUUGGGCUUCGGCAAUUUAAAUAAGGUAGUACUAUGCUUCGAGCGAAUUUUCUGGGAUCCAACGGCCAAUUUGUUCGGUCACGUGGGAAGUACCACCGCGUCGCGUGGCGAGCUCUUCUUGUUCUGGAACUUAUACAAGGCGCCGGUCCUGUUGGCCCUCGUCGCCGGUGAAGCGGCUUGCGUAAUGGAAAAUGUCAGUGACGACGUUAUCGUCGGUCGUUGCAUCGCCGUUCUGAAAGGUAUUUUUGGGAACCAAGUGGUACCACAACCGCGUGAAAGUGUUGUUACGAGAUGGCGGGCGGAUCCUUGGGCACGGGGAUCCUAUAGUUUCGUCGCGGUCGGCAGUUCCGGCAGCGAUUACGACCUCCUAGCGGCACCCGUGUCACCCCCACAGAUAUACAAUCAGCCCGCGUCGCAGCCGAGAGUGUUCUUCGCAGGGGAGCAUACUAUACGGAAUUAUCCAGCCACCGUACACGGCGCAUUCCUCAGCGGCCUUCGUGAGGGUGGACGUAUAGCCGACCAACUCUGUGGAAGUCCUUACGCGCCACCAACAAUGACAGCUUCCGUUCCGCCAUCGACGGGGAUCACGCCAGCGAAUACUGGCACCAGUUCGACGCCUUAGUAUUUUCAACUAUUUCGUUUUUGUCUUUCUGUGAGCUAAGAAAUUCCGAGGAUAGCUAUUCACGAAAAGCACUUCCUCGAAGUUUUUCCGCAAAAAAAGAGAUACAAAGAGAUAAUUCUCCACGAUAAUUCCCAGUUAUACACAGACAAAAUUUGAUAACAGCAAUGUAUUCGUUAACGUGCUGUCAUUAUUAUCGCAACUUACGUGAUUAUUUUUGAUGAAUAAUUUAACUUAUUGUGAUUUAAGUUGGAUUUAAAAGAAUUAAUUCAAAGAAUAUUAAAUAAUUUUAAAACACUCAAUUUUUCAUAGCACAACUAUAUUUAUCAAACAUGUCCGUACACAGUUUAAAUGUUUUAUUUAUCAUUAUUAUUAUUCAUAUAGAUAUAAAUGUAAUAUUAAAAAAUAAAAUGAAUAUACAUAUAAUAAGUAGAUACGUAUAUAUAUAUGUAUAUAUAUUUUAUUUUAUAUUACUUUUUUAUCUAAUAUAAAUAACUAUUCGAUUAAGUGAUCACUCUUUUUACAGUUUCUUUAUACCGUUAUUAUUUACGUUCUAACAUGUUCAUAAUAAUCCACAUGGCUUACUGUAUAUUUCUUGUAAUUUUAUAUUCUUCUGAGAAGUAUUAUUAUUUAUAUAAAUAUACCAAUGUGUUAAUGGAAUAAAAUAAAAUAUAAAAUAAAAACAGC